UUUAUAUAUUGACAAACAUCUAUGGAAGAAAACCCCAUAAAAUGGCCCUAAACCUUAGUGUGACUGAGUAACUUUACGCAUAGCAAUGGCAAGAGCGGCUUUCCUUCACUUGCUGCGGUCACAGAGCAGUCACCACUUUUCAACAAACACUCCUUCAGCAUAUCAUUGUUUUAGGUCCUUGACUCGUGGACGGCCCGUAAGUGCUAAUGCAAUUUUUGAAGCAUCCUCCCAACUUGCUGUUUUCCGAAGAAGAUGGGCAUCUCAAGCCACAACUACAGAGGAAGACAACAAGAUUAGCAUUGGACCUCGAAGUGGAGGACAAUCUGGGGAAGGUGACAAGGAAACUGGAGUUGUUUAUCACGGUCCGAUCUCAGCUACCAUAAAGAAAGUAAAACUUCUGUCUCUCUCGACUUGCUGCCUCUCGGCGUCUCUAGGUCCUGUCGUAACCUUCAUGACAUCACCUGAUAUGAAUGUCAUCCUGAAGGGUGCAGUGGCAUCAUCUGUGAUAUUCUUUAGUGCUACUACAACUGCUGCCCUUCACUGGUUCGUUAGCCCGUACAUUCACAAAAUCCGGUGGCAACCAGGUUCAGACACCUUUGAGGUGGAGAUGAUAUCCUGGCUGGCAAUUCCUUUUACAAAGACUAUUAAGUUUGCUGAUAUUCGACCAGCAGAAACCAAUAGGCCUUUUGUGACAUUUAAGGCUAAUGGGACUUUUUACUUUGUGGACGCAGAACACUGCCACAAUAAGGAACUUUUGGCUAGACUCACACCACAGAAAGUAACUCAUGAAUCAGCUAUAAAAAACUUGUGAUUUGAGACAUACUUUGGUACGAGAUCUCGGGUAUUUUACUGUUAGGAUGGAUUGAGUAAACUAGAACCUUGUCUUAAUUUCAGUCUGUGAUUGGAAUUUUACUCUCUUGAGAUUUAAUCUGUUUUGUUGUGAUAGCAUAAACUAUUCAGGUUUGAUUAAUAAAAUCUCUGUUGUGUCAUUUUGCAGCAUCAUAGUACUGGGAGUAUUUGAUACAAAUUCAGGAUUUGUAGUCUUGUCAAAAUUAUUAUUGAUGUUGCAGUAUUUAUUUAGUGUUCUUUUGGUGUAAGUUACAUUUACUGGUUUCAUAUUCUAUAUAUC